AUGUCUGAUGCGCCUCGUCCAUCCCUCAAGCUUACUUUUGGCAAAAAAAAGGCGCCCGAGGAAUCGUCUCAGAGCCAGCCUCCCGCGCCUCCUCCGUCAACAGAGGCGCCUCACCGCAAACUCACACUGAAGAUCGCCCGCAGACCAGCUCCCGACGCGCAUCCUGACGAUGGCAAGCCAAAGAAGAAGAAGAUCUCCAAGAAGCGUCCGGCAGAGGGACCCGUCUUGCCGGAACCGUCCGUCCCCCUCUCAACCAGCCAACAAUCGGGGCCUAAACGCCUGAAGUUAAACCCGUCGAAGAAGCCUGGUGUUCAGUCGCUUCGCAUCAAGAACAAAGGGCUGGUCCCCAACCGACCGGUGGGCGUAGGCUAUGACUCGGAAGCCUCCGACACGGAAAUCGAUCCCUCCAUCGAAGAACAGUUCAUUCUGCGCAUGCCGGACGGGCCCGAUUGCGACCUUCUACAACGCGCCAUCCGCGAACGUCGAUUCGAUCGGUCGGAGUUCUCUUUCAAACCACUCACCCGGGAGGGCCGCCGCGCCAUCUUCAGGGUCCGCGACCGCCAAUACGCCGCAGCACUCGUGGACUUGCCGUGUAUCAUUGAGGGUAUGAAGAGUUGGGAUCGGCGUGGCUGGUACAAGUCGGCGGAUAUCUGCCAGAUGCUCCUGGUCCUCGGAUCCGUCGCCAACGAACAAGAAGCAAUGGACUACCCGCUUCCUGCCGACAUCUUGCACCCGGAUGACAAGACGCUACAAUAUCCACACGGUCUCACGCCGCCGCUACGAUGGGUGCGGAAGCGGCGAUUCCGGGAACGGAUCAGCACGCGGACCAUCGAGCAGGUUGAGAAAGCCGUAGAGGAUUUAAUCGCACAGGAUGAGGCCUCCCUGGCGCCUCCUCGUUAUGAGCUCGUUGACAGUGCAUCGUUGAAUCGGGCGGAGGGUCUGGUCCAGAGCGGCGAAUACGACUAUGAUGAUGAAUAUGACGAUGAGCAAGAUGCAGAAGGUGAGAUGGAUGAAGGCAUGGAAGACGCUGGUGAGCCACCAUCCGAGGCUGGGGUUUACCAAGCCGGCACCCCCAUGGCCACGAAACCAUCUACGCCGGCGCCGGAUACAUCGGGUGAUGAGAGUGACGGGUCCGACGAUGGCGACGAGCCGGAAGACGAGCUGGAUGAUGAGCAGCUGGAGCAGCAGCGGCAGAUGCAGCAGCAACGGGAGGAAAUUGCUGAAUUGGAGGCACUGAUUCGCGCAGAGACUGCUAAGUGGGAGAAGAUGCAGAAUGCAAUCCUGAAGGGCAAACUGGCCAAGCGAAUCCACGAUCUGAAACAGGAUCUGUCAUUGAAGAAGGUGUCUAUUGGAGAGGGCGACGAUGCCGAUGGUUGA